UGCAGACGCGCGGCUUCGUCGGCACAGCGAGCGCUCAGACACAGUCCACCUGCUCCCUUCUGCGGGUCCUGCGCCGUGCUCCCCCUUAGGAACACCGUCAGUUCAACGGCCUCCGUCGGGAGAUCGAACGCCGCCUUUAAACCUCUUCGAAGCGCGAAACAAAAGUGUUCAGACGAUACUUGUGUUUGUUGGCUGUCUGGAUGGUAAGAGUCCCUCUCGCUACAUCCCGUUGCAAGCUGCAGUGCUAACCUCUCCUCAAGGAGCCUAAGGACUGGACGCAUAGCUCGUCCUCUCCGCCUGCGACGCCGCCUACAGCAGUCGCCAGCGCAGCCACGACCCCAGGGCUUCCGAAGGCAAGCCAGAGCAGCGCAGAUCCGGCCCAAGUCACUCUCAGGUUCCAGCGCCCAUCCACGAAGCAGGACAGCGCCAUGACCCGGUUAAAGUGGUCCUCCCUGUGGGCGGGCUGUCUCCUGGCAGUCGUCGGCCUCACCGCCGCCCACCCGUUCCUCUACAUGAGAGGUACCAGACACGGUUACGGGCGGAACAUCAGACCCCUGCCUUGCGUGUCCAAGGGCGGGGAGACGGGCGUGUGUAUGUUCGCGUGGGACUGCAUGAAGGCCAACGGCACACACCUGGGCACGUGCAUCGACAGAUUCUACUUUGGGUCAUGUUGCAAGAUGGCGCACGCCAGGCCGCCCCCGGGCCUCAACGAAAUCCCAUCGGGCGGCGGCAGUGGUGGCACGAAGCCCAUGGGCGUCGACGCCUCAGGGCAGCCGAGCGCGGAGAAUGACGGGUCCAGCGAGAGCCAAGAGUCGCCCGGGGAUUCCGACGCUGCCAGCGGCUCUGCUUCUACCUCGGGAACUGGAUCUACUAGUGGCGAAGCAGAAGGCCCUGCACUUGCUGCGGGAACGGGAUCUACUGCCGGAGCAGAGGGAGUUGGGCCUACUGGCGGAGUGGAAACCCCAGCAUCUACCGGCGAAGUAGAUGGCUCUACAUCAACAGGAACAGGAGCUGGGUCUACGGAAGAAAGCGGAGAUGCAUCUGUUAGUGGAGCAGAAGGCCCGGCCUCUACUACAGGAACAGGGGAAGAUGGAUCUACAAGUGGAGUAGAGUCUCCUGCAUCUACCACAGGAUUCCAGGAUGGUGAAAAUGCUGGCGAAGUAGAUACCCCUUCAUCCACCACGGGAACAGGAGCUGGACCUGCUAGUGGAUCAGAAAGCUCUACAUCCACCGCAGGGGAAGGAGCUGAUUCUACAAGUGGACCAGAAGCGCCUGCAUCCGCCUCAGGAACGGAAGAUUCCGGAUCCACUAGCGGGGUAGAUAGCCCUGCCUCAACAGACGCAGAAGGCACCGGAUCCACUGGCAGCUCAGAUGGCCAGGGCUUCGACGCGACGCCCACCACGGAGGUGAGCGUCGCGGUGGAUCCCGCACCCUCCCAGCCCGACCUCCCCGCCGGCACUCAAGACUCUGUCGACGAGGACACGACCGUCGCCCCGGGCUCGGGGGCUUCCUCCCCCGACGUCACGGAGUCGCAGGCGACCAGUCCGAGCAUGGGAACCGCCGCCCCCGUCAGCCCCCCCGCCACAGAGUCCCCCACGGCCUCGGAAGCGACGAUAGUCAUAGAGACGGAGAAGCCACAGACAAUGACCACGACGAUGCUCCAGGCAGGCUCUGACACCGAGCGGCCCCCAACCACGGAGGAAGCCGGCGCCGCCACGGUCUCCAUCACGGUGAGCGGUGACGCGGAGGACGGCGGCGAAGGGACGCAAAAGCCGACGGAAGUCCCUGCCCUCGCGGCGGCGACACUCCCGCCAAUAACUUCCGAGGAGCCAGUCAUCAUUCCAGUCACGACAUUUGCCGAAGUCUCGACGACUAAGCCUGAGGAGCCCGUCAGCCAGCCGUUCUUCCCCGUCUUCCCUGCGGCCGCGAGUGAGAAGCCCGAGGAGGUAACGACGCUGGUCCCGCCGCCCGAAUCCGGCACGGAGAAGCCCGACGAACAGGUAACUUUAGUGUUCCCGAGUGGUCCUGUAGCCACAGGGAAGCCCUCGACGCUCGCCCCCACGACCGUCGACACCACCGAGCCCGACACGACAACCUCCUCUUCUGAAGAAGAAGAAGAAAUGAGCGAGCCAACAACACCCGAGCCCGAAGAAGGGGACGAUUCGAGCGAAAUGCCAGAGAUUGAUGUUGAAGCUACAAGCGAAGCAACAGCACCAGAGACAACAAGCAAGCCCGCCGCAGAGACCACAGUGAUGCCCGCAACCGCGGAGGCGACGGAGAAGCCCGAGGAACCCGCGGUGGCGACGAUGAAGCCCGAGGAACCCGCGGUGGCGACCGAGAGGCCCGAGGAACCCGUGGUGACAACGAUGAACCCCGAGGAACCUGCGAUGGCGACAGAGAAGCCCGAGGAACCUGCAAUGGCGACAGAGAAGCCCGAGGAACCCUCGGUGGCGACAGAGAAGCCCGAGGAACCCGCGGUGAUGACGGAGAAGCCCGAGGAACCCGUAGUGUCGACGGAGAAGCCCGAGGAACCAGUGGAGACGACCGUGGCAAGCGGCGAGGGUUCAGUGACCACCCUAGCUCCUACCGUCACUGCUGAACAAGAAUUGCUGGAGAGGCUAAACAACUCAAAGGCUAAAGAUAUUUGUGGCAAGCCAGUGUAUCCAACCCGAAGAAUUGUGGGCGGUAGUGAAGCCACCUUCGGCGAAUGGCCGUGGCAGGUAUCUCUCCGACAAUGGCGACAGGUGACAUUCCUUCACAAAUGCGGUGCUGCUUUAGUCAACGAGAACUGGGCGAUCACGGCUGCCCAUUGCGUCGAGAACGUGCAGCCCGAGCAGCUCCUCCUGCGGCUCGGCGAGUUCGACCUGGAGCGAUCCGACGAGCCCUACGCCUUCGCCGAGAGGAAGGUGCAGAUCAUCGCCACUCACCCGCAGUUCGACGCUCGGACCUUCGAGUACGACUUGGCGCUCCUAAGGUUUUACGAGCCGGUCAACUACCAGCCCAACAUCAUCCCCAUCUGCAUCCCGGAGGACGACUACGACUUCAUCGGCGACACCGGCUUCGUCACGGGCUGGGGUCGUCUUUACGAAGAUGGUCCUCUGCCAUCUGUCAUGCAGAAGGUCCCUGUGCCCGUCAUUACCAAUGAAGAAUGUGAAGCAAUGUACAGGGUGGCUGGCUAUGUGGAACACAUUCCCCACAUCUUCAUAUGCGCUGGCUAUGAGGCCGGCGGUAAGGAUUCGUGUGAGGGCGACUCUGGCGGCCCUCUGGUGAUCCAGCGGGACGGCGUGUGGAACCUCGCGGGCGUGAUCUCGUGGGGCAUCGGCUGCGCGCUGCCCAACCAGCCGGGCGUCUACACGAGAAUAUCCGAGUUCAGGGAAUGGAUCCAGAAGAUCGUCGUGUUCUGAGGCGGAGGCGGCGCCGACGGGGCCCUCCCUCGGGGGCGUCUCUCUCUCUCUCUGGGGAUUAGGAUAACGUUGUUACAUUGUUGAUAAUUUAUUUGAGUGUGCGUCGUGCAAGGCUGUCUGUUUGGAAAGUGUGCUUGCUUUCGGAGAUAAGUGAACCCGUGGCUUGGGUCUACGUUCUCGGCGAGCGUCCCGCCGCAGCCACGGGGGACGCAGAGGCAGUGACUUGCGUGCUGAGUAUUCUUAUUCUACGAUAGGCAUUAUAUUUCCUUCACACUUCAUUUUGUUACAUUGUUAUCUGAGUGCGAAUGUUGUUAGAAUGUAGCUGAUGAAUUCAUCGUUAUCAUUAAUAUUAUUAUUAUCAUCAUCACCAUCAUCACUAGUUCCUGAUAUACCGCACCGCCAUCCGAGCCUCGUUCAAGGUUUGGUGCCGGUGUUAUGUACGUAUAUGUGUAUAUGCGAAUGUGUACACUGACGGUAAUGACAUGUACGUUUCUCUGACCCCAUCUUGUGCUCACCUGUCCAUCGCCGCUUCACAUCUCCUGCCGGCCUGUGAUAUGUCCUGCUCUGCCCAGCGCCUCCGCCUCCCGCCGCGGCCUCGGCCAAGGUACUUUUCAACAGGUAGCUCCACUCGGUUUUUAUGAAAAUCCAAGUUGGCAACUUCCGAGCUAUGCCCCGCCUCGUGACUUUUAUUCAUUGAAAAUGUUAAAACAUACUUUUUUUUCUUGGUUCAUUCUUUUAUUAUUUUUCCUUAGACAUUAUUACUUAAUUGUUUUCAAAAAAAUGCACUGGAAAAUAUGCCAUAAAAUAUCACACAGAUAAGGAGUUCCUUACCAUGAACAGCCGUCAGAAUACUCUUGGAAAAAGUUCACAAGGAAGUGGAGUUACUUUGUUAUCUGUUUCUUGGCCUCAGCAUCCGGGACUUCCCUAAGUGCCGGGUGAUUUGCCCACAGGAGGCGAUUGGCCCUGGGACCUCCCUUAGCCCCCCGUUCGGCCUCCCCCCCAGGAAGGGGCGAGGGAGGCUGGGUUAUUUAUUUAUUUAUUAUUUAUUUAUUCUCUAUAAGGUGCAUUCGACUCUCCCCCCUGUCAAUUUCUCUUUUCUGGCUGAUCAUUUAUUGAUACUGAUAUAUGUUUGUGUAUGUGUGUGUAUAUAUGUGU